AUGUGAUUAGGAGCGGAAGGCAGACGGUGAGCGUGAAGGCUAGCCAAAAUGCACAGAGUAGCGGUGGCCCAGAUUUGGAGGACUCUGAGACAAAGCCGCUUUAGUCUCUCUUCCCGCUGAGAACACAAAGAACCGAACAACAACAACCAUCAUCGCCAAAUUACUUACUCCUUUCUUCCCCAAAAAAAAAAAAAAAAAAAAACUCCAUUAACAAACAUCUCCAUCUCCUACAAGAUCCAAAAACGGAGAAUACUGUGUUCUUCUUCAGCACCAGUUCAGUGGCCCUUUAGGUGUGGCUACUUACUAGUACGUGCUCUGUUCUGACCACCAACCAGAUCGUAGUCCAUGGGGAGUGCUACAACUUUGCCCCAAUUCUUGUUGUGAAGGGAAUUCAUUAACUUGUUGAAGAGGCUAAUUUUUGCUUCAUUUACUCAACUUCUUCUCACAAAUGAACAUUUUGAAACAUCGCAUUAUCGGCAGGCAAGGAUUCAGAUAUGGUGGAGCAUUGCAAAUUUCAUUCUUUCAUUCAUCGUCACAAGAUAAAGUGGUGGAAAUAUGCUCUCGAGAGCAAGAAGUUGUGAUUGCUUUAGGAAGUAACGUGGGUGAUAGACUGCAGAAUUUCAAUGAAGCUUUGCGGUUAAUGAAAAAGGCAGGGAUACACAUUACAAGACAUGCUUGUUUGUAUGAGACAGCACCAGCUUAUGUCACUGAUCAACCUCAAUUUCUUAACUCUGCUGUUCGAGCUGUCACAAAACUUGGGCCACAUGAACUGCUGAGUGCAGUUAAGAACAUAGAGAAGCAGCUGGGACGUACUGCUGGUAUACGGUAUGGCCCAAGGCCGAUUGACUUGGAUAUUCUGUUGUAUGGAAGAUAUAAAAUACACUCCGAUAUUCUCACCAUACCUCAUGAAAGAAUCUGGGAAAGGCCAUUCGUGCUUGCUCCUUUGAUCGAUUUGCUGGGUUCAGAUGUUGAUACAGAUGAUGUUGCUUCCUGGCAUUCUUUGGCUGCUGAUCAUGGUGGACUUUUUGAGUCUUGGGAGAAAGUUGGGGGUGAAUAUCUUGUUGGUAAAGAAGGAAUGAGAAGGGUUUUGUCCGUUGGAAACAGCUUAUGGGACUGGUCUUGCAAGACUUCUGUCAUGGGGGUUCUUAAUUUGACACCUGACAGUUUUAGUGAUGGUGGAAAAUUUCAAUCUAUUGAAGCUGCAGUUUCUCAGGUACGUUCAAUGGUUUCAGAUGGUGCGGAUAUGAUUGACAUUGGUGCUCAGUCAACACGACCUAUGGCACCUAUGAUUUCUGUUGAAGAAGAAUUGGAUAGAUUGAUUCCAGUUUUGGAAGCUGUAACAAGAAUGCCAGAGAUGGGUGGAAAGCUCAUAUCUGUAGAUACGUUUUAUUCGAAAGUUGCAUUGGAAGCAGUCAAAAGAGGGGCUCAUAUUGUAAAUGAUGUAUCAGCAGGGAAUUUGGAUCCUGAAAUGCACAAGGUUGUUGCUGAUCUUAAUGUGCCAUAUAUUGCAAUGCACAUGAGAGGAGACCCAUCGACAAUGCAAAACAAUGAGAAUUUGCAGUAUGAUGAUGUUUGUAAUCAGAUUGCCUUGGAGCUACACUCUAAGAUUAGAGAUGCAGAAUCAUCAGGCAUCCCGGCCUGGAGGAUAAUCAUUGAUCCCGGGGUUGGAUUUUCAAAAACCACAAAACAAAAUUUGGAAAUCCUAACAGGUGUACCAAAGAUCCGAACAGCAAUUGCAAGGAGAAGUUUGGGAUUGUCUCAUGCUCCCAUGUUGAUUGGACCUUCGAGAAAGAAAUUUCUUGGUGAAGUGUGUUCUCGAUCAGUUGCGACGGAGCGAGAUCCUGCUACGGUUGCUGCAGUUACUGUAGGGGUUCUUGGCGGCGCAAACAUUGUUAGAGUACAUAAUGUGAGAGAUAAUGUGGAUGCAGUGAGAUUAUGUGAUGCAAUGCAAAAAGAGAAAAAGAGCUGAAGCAUUAUUUUGAAAAUGCUUGCUUCUGUUUUUGUCAAUUUACUUUUAACAGAUUAUGCCAUUGGAAGCAAAUCGAAACAUUCUUGUCAGACUUGGGACUGAGGAAGGUUCAAGGUUCAAAGCCAAAGAAGAAUAAAUCAUCUAAUUUUAAGGGAAGGAAAAGCUGUAGGCAGGCUCUGCCACGACUCCUGUUAGUCAGCACAUGGAUGAAAUUAUUGUUGAGUAUCAAGCAUUCCAACAACUGAAGAAGAUAAACUGAAUUCUAUUAGACUUGAGAUGAAAAUUUUGCAGACCUCUCCUUGUUCGAUGUUCCGUGAGAGGUAUCGGCUAUUCUCCUUCCCUUUUCCAUUGUACGAGAUUGAGGAAUUAGCGAUAUCAUUGCGAUGCAGAGUGGACAAUGUCUUUGUCUCUUUGGAUAUUGAAAAGUUUGAGUUUUUUCUAAUAUAUUUUCAUCAAUUCUCUA